AUGCCACCUCGUCGGCCUGUCUCCCCGCUCGCCUUGGAAACCUGCUCCCCCUCAUCCGCCGACCUCGAUAGUGACGGAAUCGUCGGCUCCGACGAUGAGCUAGACAGCGAGGCCCGUGCCGCGCAACGCCGCAGGAUCGAGAAGCUGGCAGGAGCGUAUCUUCAAGGCCAACCCUUGUUUAUCCUUUCGGCUUCUUUGCGCGGGCCGUUUGAUGACCAACAGUGGACGAAUCCAUGGAGGAAAAACCGGAGGCAAACUGGAAAUGCGAAGGAAAAUAACCGAAAGACUCGUAAAGAAGUAGAGAGGUCCGACAGCCCGGUGAUACAAGAAACCAACCCACGGAAACGGCGUCAACCCCCCGACUCGCAGGAAAUUCGCCAACCUCAAGCUUCUACAGUGCCUUCAAAUCACAGUGGCUCCCUUCCCAGACGCAACAAAGUCGUGCCCGACGAGAAGGGCAGUUCGUCAUACCCUAGGUCCGCACAGCACCUACGUAGUGAACGGCCGGUCUCGCCCGCUUCCAUCCCCAAAGCCAAGUCAAAGACGAUCGAAACAAUAUUGAAUUCAGACAAUCCAACUCCAAUUCGAGGAACCGAUAAGAGCUGGUUGAAAAAGGACCGGGAUCGCCCGAUCAAGUUUCAUAAUUUCGACCCACCUACAUCCCCUACAUCGAAGAUCUCAUCCCGUCAUCACGGAUCUAAGAGGCGUGCAGUUAAAAUUGGCUCCUCUCCAAACCACCUCCAAUCUCCAGGACCCGAACGUCACAGGACAACGACGCCUCAUCUGAGCGGCGGGUCACCUACCGCAGCGCUUGAUGCUGUGUCCCAUUCGGCGGACCGUCUGGUUUUAGCCAACGGGUCUAUACCUUCCAACAGCAGGGAAGACGCUUCUCAUUCUAACGUACUUCCACAUAUUCCCGGGCGUACAGACCAGGAGACGUCAUUCAGUGUUCUUUCCUCAUCCUCUCACCUACCUCAAUUUGAGUUCCGUCGGAAGAAGCGUCCGUUUGCGACUCCUAAGGAGAAUGGUAACACUAAACCCACUGCGAGCAUCGGGAAUCGGGAACAUACAUACCUCCCUCCUUCUAUUGAACCAACGGGGUCCUCAGCUCAGUCUGGUCGGGUACCACAAGAGGAACUGUCGACACAAUCCAGCAGACAGAACCAGACGGAAGACGAGACAAAUCCUCAGGAGUCCAACACGGUGACUCUCGAUUCCAAGACGUUCGACGACGUGCCUAUCUCGCAUUCAGACAAAGCUUUAUCAACCAACAAUCAAUCGAAAGAUACGAGUGAAAAACUGCCUUCUGCCCAGAUCAUCCAGCAGAAUCCAGCGAUAUCUGGCUACAUGACAUCAUUACAUUCCACGGCUGUUCCAAAGGGUGGCACAGAGGAUGACGAGGACACUGUUCCCGAUCAACAGUUCUCCACGCAAGCUGCGCUCCUUCUCGCCCAGCGGUCCUUUCAGAAUGAUCUCGAAAGUCAGCAUCACGAGUCAGAAACGCCGGUCCUAAAACGACGAGGCUCGGAUCUGUCUCGAUCUAUCUCGCCUUCUUCGAAUAAUAUUACACCCUUCUACCGACUAAGCACACCUGACUACCAUACCGGAGGCUCUCAGCCAUCCCGGGCGAAUGGUAUGGCUGGGGCGCAUAUGAUCAGCACCCAAGGCAUGAUCGAUGCCGUGACGCCUUUUACGUUCAGCACCGACAAGAAAGAGAAGUAUCGGCAAAUAUUGACGCCCGCCAGUGCACCAGGCAGCAAGAAGGCAAAAACCUGCAGUUUUGUCGACACGUCGCCCACGUCGCCCAGACACAACGAAUUUCUUUUCGAUUCCCGCAUUGAAAGAGUCCCGAAUUCCGCUCAAAGUCAUCGUAUCGAUACCCAGCCCAGUGCCUUACCUAUGACCUUGACCGGCACCACCCCACCCACAGCUCAGAAUGCGCAGGAUGAGUUCCCGGCUGCAGAGACCUUCAAUCUUAGCCAAGCCAUCGCCGAAGCAGGCAGCUGGCUACAACAGAGCUUUGAGAUCAACAAAGAAAUCAGUCAAUGUCGGACUACAAAGUCCAGGCCUUCGCCAUCUACGGAACCACAACAGGCUGGGUUGGAUUGGAAAGCUUUCAACUUCUUCGACGUCUCUCCCGUCAAGCUGUCGGAGGAGAGUGCGUCGGUGUUCAAUACUGAUAUAUCGUCUCUCUGCACCGGCGCCGCGAACCUCUUCCUCGGAUCCGCUGACGGCCACGUUCACAUUGUUUCGUCGGGCUUCAAAACCGUCCGAUCAUUCAAGGCAUCAGACGCCGGAUCCAUCACCCAUAUCAAACAGAUCGAGGGCUCUUCGCUUCUGGUCACCAUCGCGGAGGAUCUGUUGAACGAACCUUUCCUUAAAGUUUGGGCCCUUGAUAAAUCAGAGAAGAAGACCGGGGCGCCCAGAUGCUUGUCGACAACGUCCAUACAGAAUGCAAGGAGACUGUUUCCGAUAUCAGCAUUUGCGGCGCUCAGUGACCUUUCUCAGGUCGCAGUCGGAUUCGCCAACGGUUCCGUCGCGAUCAUUCGCGGCGAUUUGAUCCACGAUCGCGGCGCACGACAACGUAUUGUUUUCGAGUCGGAAGAGCCAGUAACCGGUCUGGAGGUGCAGCACGGACAAAUAGCAACACUCUAUAUCUCUACGACAAGCCGGAUAUUGGCCUUGGUCAUCGCUGGGCGAGGACAAGGCCAGCCAGCGCGCGUCCUAGAAGAUACGGGUUGCGCUCUUGGAUGCAUGUCCUUGGAGAAGGAGUCGGGAUAUAUCCUUGUUGCAAGAGAGGAUGCAAUAUACACAUAUGGGCCGCACGGGCGUGGUCCCAGCUAUGCAUUUGAGAGUUUCAAAAGUUCACUAAACCUCUUUAAGGACUAUCUUGCCUUAGUUUGCCCUCCGAAGGUUGGCGCUUCGAAGUCAGACUCUCUGCGAAACUUUGGGGUGAAUCAGUCCGAAGAUAUCUUCUCGACCACAACGUUCACGCUGCUAGAUACGGAUCUCAAAUUUAUCGCUCAUUCCGAGUCCCUCGUGUCUUCGGUAAAACAUGUUUUUAUCGAAUGGGGAGAUAUGUUUCUCCUCACUACAGAUGGAAAGAUCUUUCGCUACCGCGAAAAGAGCCUUCAGCAAAAGCUUGAAAUCCUCUACCAGCGCAAUCUUUAUAUUUUAGCAAUCAACUUGGCCCAGAAGACAGGCGUCGAUAAUUUGCAGCAGAACACUAUCUACCGCAAAUAUGGUGACUUUCUCUACCAGAGAGGUGAUUAUGACACGGCAAUGCAGCAAUACCUCAGGGCUAUCGAUAACACGGAGCCAUCCCAAGUCAUUCGAAAGUACCUUGACACCCAGCGCAUUCACAAUUUGAUUGAAUACCUCGAAGAGCUACACGACCAUGAUCGAGCUACCGUGGAUCACACAACUCUGCUCUUGAAUUGCUACGCAAAGCUAAAAGAUACCAGCAAAUUAGAUGCUUUUAUCAAAGCCCCGGGCGAGCUGAAGUUCGACUUGGAAACUGCCAUUGCGAUGUGUCGACAAGGUGGCUACUACGAACAAGCUGCCUACCUGGCUACUAAGUAUGGAGAAAAUGAAAUGGUUGUUGAUAUACUGGUUGAGGACUCCAAGAAGUACGCGGAGGCAGUGGAGUAUAUCUGGCGACUCGAUCCUGAGCUGGCCUAUCCUUACCUCAUGAAAUAUGCGCGCGUCUUAUUAUCGAACUGCCCGCAGAGAACAACUGAUCUUUUCAUCGAGUAUUAUAAGGGGCAAUUCAAACCACGAACAGAAGUCGAGCUUCCGGCUGAGCCGCAGGCACAGUCAGGCAGUACCUUACAGAACCUGGCCGCCUUUCUGCCUCUCUCUCUGAUGAGCACCAGUGGCACGCGGGCAGAUGCGGUCGGAACGGCACCGACAGCUCCGGACGAGACGACCGAGCAUAUCCCAGAGUAUCAGGUUCCCAAACCACGAACAGCAUUCUCUGCCUUUGUUGGACACCCACAAGAAUUCAUUGCUUUCCUAGAAGCACUUAUCAGUCAAGACAAUGUGAAAAAGGACGACAAGAUGGAUCUAUACACGACACUUUUCGAAAUGUAUCUGGACACUGCCAAUCGCAAGAAGGGUGCGGGGGAGAAGGAAGAAUGGGAAACCAAGGCCAAACAGCUCAUUGAGGGCAAAGAUAUUCCCAUCUCCACCUCCAAUGUUCUACUGUUAUCCGAUCUCUCCGGCUUCCGAGAAGGGUCAACCUUGGUGCGGGAGCAAGAAGGCCUUCGCUCGGAUAUUUUCAGGUCGUUCACUUCCGCCAAAGACACGCAUGGUGCCAUUAAGGCUUUGAAGAAAUAUGGACCAGACGAACCUCAACUCUACGUCGACGCCCUGACAUACUUCGCAUCGAGUCCCAAAAUUCUGGAAGAGGCCGGGGAUGAGCUGGACGUUGUCCUCAAGAGAAUCGGCGAUGAUGGGUUAAUGUCGCCACUCCAAGUGAUUCAAACCCUCAGCAACAAUGCAGUUGUUACAAUGGGCCGGGUAAAGAAAUACUUGAGUGACAACAUCGAGCGCGAACGCAAAGACAUAUCAAGCAAUCGCCGGCUCAUAUCAAGCUACAGCACGGAGACUGAGAACAAACGAAAGGAACUAGAGCAACUGGGCACAAAACCAGUCGUUUUCCAGGCUCGUCGGUGCAUGUCCUGUGGGGGAUCCCUCGACCUUCCAACGGUUCAUUUCCUCUGCAAACAUUCUUUCCACCAACGUUGUCUGAACAGGGUGGAUGACGAUGCGGAGUGUCCAACAUGUGCACCACAGAACUCGACCAUCAAGGCAAUUCGCAAACGUCAGGUAGAAUCGGCAGAUCAGCAUGAUCUGUUCAAGGGGGAGCUUCAAAGCCCAGACCAACAGAUCGCUACCGUCAAUACUCACAAUCGCAUCCUCCUAAUGUCUUUCGACCGUGUAAUCCAAGACUCCGAUGACGAGGAUGACCCCUUGUUGGAGGAGCGGCCGCCCCGCGCGCACACUCCACCCGUCAUCCACCAAAGCGAUCACCGCGCCAGCUACCGAGACACGUCGAACGACCCGCUGAACGAGGAUAGCAGUCGCCAGAUCGCAGUCAAUUUUGAUCAGUUCCUGGCGUCUCAGGAGGGGGGGCAAGGGGGAACAACAUCUUCGCAGCAGGAACGGGAAGAACGAUGGAUUCCUGCCAAUGCGGGGGGUGGAUCAAGUGGGACUAUGAUCAAUGAGUUUGGACUUGCGCAGCAACGAUUAUUCGACGACGAGGAUGCUCAGCAUGGAUCGGCACGACUCGGUCCAUCAGAGUAUGGCUCGAACGAAAACAACGAUGGAUACAACCUCCCUCAACAACCAGAAAUCCAUAUUCAAGCGACCACACCACCAGGGUCAUACGUCUCUCUACCGGCCCCAGAUGGACCAAGUCAUGACUACAUGGACAGCUCAGACGCCUAUCACCAGUACGAGCCUACCUCAAUAGACCACAACAUCAGCCUCCCAAGCUACGACCACACGCAAUCCGCAACGUCCUACAAUAUCUUCGAAUCGUCCCUCCGGCCUUCGGAAAGCACAGACUCCGAAAACAACACCACCUUGAAAUCCCACCAAACGAUACCCACAGAGGCCAUUCAAAGAAGUCCGCGACGGUGGAAUUCCACGCAAGGCACGAUAUCCUCGCCGCACGACACGGAGCCGAACUCGUCUAUUCUUGCUUCUAAAUCAAGCAGAUCGAUCAGCGAUAACAAUCCCAGUCCGAACGGGCCACAGCAGCCCCCGACAAGUGUGGACGAGCUUUCUGUCCCCGUUCACGCCGACCCUCCCGCCGUGGCGAAGAAGCGAGGUCGGCCGAAGAAACAGAGUCUCCCAGACGUCGACGGGGAUGACGAAUUAGCCCAGUCAGCUGGAUUCGAGGCUGUCGAACAGCCGCCUAUUCCUGAAAAGCGCAAGCCAGGUCGACCGUCGAAGAACACAAAGAACCUCGAGGCAAAUGGAGCUACUGCAAACCCAUCGAACCAACUCGACGAUGUCCAGCCUGUCCCCAAAGAACCAGAAUCGAACGGGCCCCCUAACGAAACAAUUUCAACAGCACCCAACACCGUCCACGCUCCCAACCAAGAAACUGAGACCGCCGACCCCCCAAAGACAAAGAAAGAGAAAGCCGCCAAAGAGCCUGCAAAGAAGAAGCUCAAACGCGGCAAAACGACCUCCGUCACACUCCAGAAGACAUACGAAUCUGACGUCGAAGACGACGUGCUCUGGGUUGAAUCACGGCCUUCGAACGCAGCAGCUCCUCAAGACUUUAGUGUCAAGUCAGCGCCUUUCUCAAUCAACAUCGAAACACCCGCACCGCAAGAAACCACCGAGCACAAACAACCCGACACAGUGCCCGACCAAGGAGACCCAGCGCCCAAGAAACGAGGCCGCAAGAGAAAGAAGACCUCAGAACAAAUAACACCAGCAGACUCGGCCGCUCAAACCCCAGACACCAGCCCCCAAAAACCCAAUGAUACCAAUCCUCCCAACCAACCCGAAGAACCCAUAACCGAAGCCCAACAACCCUCCAAAGAACCAUCCUCAAAUCCAAACCCUGACCUAAAUCCCUCUCUUCAAAACCGACCCCCUCCGGACCCUCAAUCCCCUACCAAAACCAAUCCACCACUAAACCCCCCAAUAACACCCCAAAAGCCCGACCCUGAAACACCCAACAACGAUACCACCUCCAAUAAAAACUCAACCAAAGGGCCAGACAAACACAGCCCCAUUUCAUCAACAAGCAAAGUGCCCUACCGAGUCGGACUAAGUCGAAGGGCAAGGAUCGCGCCUUUGUUGAAGAUUGUGAAGCGGUGA